UCUAUGAUCUCAGGGUAUGCAAGAAAUGGGCAUGGUGAAGAAGCUGUUAGCUUCUUCGUCGAUCUGGUGAGAAAUGGUAUACAACCAGAUGAUUUUGCAUUUGGAGCUGUCCUUCAUGCUUGUUCAAGCUUGGCAGUACUAGGACCCGGUGAAAUGGUCCAUGGAUGUGUAGUUCGCAGUGGCUUCAAUGGUUAUGCAUACGUAGGCAAUGGCUUAGUAAACAUGUACGCAAAAUGCGGAGAUUUAGAAGGAUCUUACCGUGCAUUCCAUGAGAUUCCUGAUAAAGAUCUGGUAUCUUGGAAUGCCAUGUUGUUUGCAUUUGGUUUGCACGGACAACCAAACUGCGCUUUAAAGUGUUAUGAAGAAAUGGUGGCGACCGGAGUGAAACUUGAUAAAGUGACCUUCCUUGGCUUGUUGAUGACUUGCAGCCAUUCAGGGCUUAUAGACGAAAGCCGCGAAUUUUAUGAAAAUAUGAGGUCAAUUCAUGGACUUUCCUCUGAAAUGGACCAUGUGGCAUGCGUGGUAGAUAUGCUUGCCCGAGGUGGUCAUCUUUCCGAAGCAAAAGACUUGGCCAUUGAGUAUUUGGGGACAGGGGAUGCCUUGGAUAUCAGGUCAUACGAGGCUCUUCUCGGAGCUUGUUCAACACAUCGAAACGUAGGAUUUGGG